AUGGUGCUUUCAGGCGAAUAACUUAAAUCUAAACAUAGGAUCUUUAUCUUAUUAUCGAAAUUUUUGAUGAUUUUUUAAUCUGAGGUAAAAGUAGAAUAUUUGUUAAAAUAAAUAUUUUUAGAAUAAAAUAUGGCAGAUGCCUCAGUAAAUAAUCAAUCUUUUUUAGCGAACAUUAGUAGUCUGUAUUUGAUGAGCAUAGUUUUAUGUGCUUUAUCAAAGAUAAGCUAGAAGGUCUACCAAAUUAUAAAUGAAGAACUUGGUUUGCAAAUUGUAUAAACAUUUUCCAAAGGAAGAAAGCUUUAAUCUUGGAAUAUGAGUGAUCAAUUGGGAUUCUUAUGCAGAAGUUAUCCUUAAUAUUUUAACUUAAUUAAAUCACAUUUAAACAUAUUUGCUAUCUAACGUAUUAUAGUUGAUAAUUGUUAAUUAAUCAUUCAUAAUUGGAACCUUGUUUGAAUUUUCUUAAACUGAAGAUCGAUUGCAAUAAUAGUAAAAGAUAUUAAGUUUAACUGUUUUAUGCUUUGAGUAUGAUCAACUUAAUCUAUUUUACAUAAUUAAAUUAAAUUAGAUAGAUUUUGUGAUUUAAAGCAAACAACUCCAGGAGAUUACACAGUCCUAUUUCAAGGAUCUCCCUUUGAUUUAUCAAGGGAAGAAUUAAAAUUGA